AUGUCCAGUUUAAAUAAUAGCAUUAUAUUAGAAGAUUAUAAAGAUGCUACAAGUGAAUAUGCUCCUUCUCACUACAGUAAAAAAUACCAUCCUGCUAUAAAAUCUCCUCUGAAAAAGAGUUAAUAUAAAUAAGGUUAAGAUUUCUUUAAAAGUAAAUUAGCGAAUGGUAAUGCAGAUGAUUUAAGUCAAAAAGAUCAAAUAAGCGAAACUUCCAAAAGAAAUUCAAUAACAACCACUAUUAAAUAAGAAUAGAUAAAUAUUGAAGUAGGUAACUGGGAUAGGUUAGAUGUGAUCAUUAAGAGAAUCAAAUUUAUGUCUUAUAUCAAAAAAUUUUUAGUUUAAAGUAGAAUGAGAUUAUUCAGAUUACUUACCUUAUAGCAAGCUUAAAUGAUUAACGAUAAUGGUAGCUACUUUUAGUCUCUUGAUAAGAGAGGGAAACAGCUUUUUGCAGGCAAUUUCAAAUAAACUAAUAGUUAUUUGGCUACUAUUUUAAUUAAAUGCUUAUCUCAAUUUCCAAUUUUUAGCCCUACUAAUCGUCUUCUUGAUAUUUGGCAACUAAUUAAAAUUAUCUCUUUCUUGGUUUGCUUCUAUUUUUACUUAAUAUGCUUUGCUUUUAAUUAAAAAAUAGAAAGUCUUCUCGCUUAAAUUACUUCAAGAUAUGUUUAAUUUUUACUGCUGCCAAUAAUCUUAAGGCACGAUGAUCUCAAUUUGAUUAUAAAAAAAAUGAAAAAUAAAUUCCUACUCCAAAAAAAAACAUAAAAUAUUAUUGAACUAGUUAAUUUAAUUAAAAAUAUAUUUCUGUUAUCUCAUUUAUUUGCUUGUAUUUGGAUUUUAGCUGCUAAAAUAUCAGAAGACAUUCCCUCUUACUAGCAAAAGCAAGUUAAAAGCGGAAGUUCUCCAGCUUAUUCUACAUGGAUAAAUUUAAUGAAUAUAUAAGAUGAGUCUUGGGAUGUUUAAUAUAUUUAUUCAUAUUAUUUUAUCACAGUUACUAUGACUACUGUUGGUUAUGGAGAUGUUAGACCUACAAAUCCACUUGAAGUAGGAGUAUGCAGUUUUUUAAUGAUGAUUUGUUGCUUUAUGUUUGGUUUUACAAUCAAUUCUAUUGGUGAAAUCUUUUAGAAUUUCUUUAUUAAAGAAAAAAAUAUUUUACAAAAAAGAAGUGUUAUUGCUGGUUACAUGAAUAGAAAAGAAAUUAGUGCAUCUACAUAAAAAUCUAUCUUUGAAUAUUUAGAAUAUUAUUGGAGAGAAGAAAUGGACGAGAAUAUUGAAGAAACUAACAAAAUCCUUAAUUAACUAUCAAAUAAUUUAAAUCAAGAGCUGCUUUUAGAGUCAAAUAAACUAAUUUUAUAGAAUAACAAAAUUUUAAAGGAAAAUUUUAGUUAAGAGCUACUAAUAAAAUGUUUACCUUAUAUUUAAGAGCAAAAUUGCACUCCAGGAGAGAUUAUUAUCGAUGACAGAAUUGGAAAUGUCGAAUGCUAUAUAUACUUUGUAUAACAAGGAGAGUUAGAAGUAUUUUAUUAUAACUAAAGCAAAAACAACCAGAGAUUUAAAUAAAGUGAAUCAAACGUCCUCAAAAAACUUAUAAAAGGUAAUAAUUUUGGGCAAAUUUCAUUUUUUAGCGGAUAAAAAAAUAGCUUGAGUAUAAAAAGUGUAAAUUUUAGCACUUUAUUGAAGCUCAAAAGGAGUGAUUUUAUUCAAGUUUUGUAACACUACCAGCAGGAGUAUGAAACAUUUUGCAUGAUUAAAGAUAGAAUCAUUUUUUCUGGAUUUAAAACUCAACUUUAAGAUAAAUGUGCUGCAUGUGGAGAUAUUACACAUACCGAAGUUAACUGUCCCAUUCUGCACUUUAUUCCGAAGAAGUUUAAAAUUAUUCAAUAAGAUUUAGUGAGUACUCCACACGAUGGAAGGGAUAGUUAAUUUAUUAGAAAAAGCUAGAAAAUGAAUUCAAUUUCAUAUCUUGAAUUUAUCCUUCAUCGAUAUUUAGAAUUUAUAGAAGAAAAAUCCGAUUUAAUAGAAAACUAUGAAGAAGAAUACUUUUAAUUCACGUAUUUCAAGAAGAAUAAUACCUCUUUCAAUGAAAUAAAUGACCUUUUUGAAGAUGAUAAAGAUAACACAGGAAUGAAUAUAAGUAUUGCUCAGCAAACAAAACCUAGUGUUAGUGCUGAAAGAGUUUCUAUAGUCUCUAAUAAAGAUAAUAUGAGUGAUUAAUCACAUUCCGAUAGAAAUAAAGCUCGAAAUGCAUUUGUUAAAAGGUUUUCUUAGUACAAAUUGCAAAAGACGCAAGACAUAGAAGAAUGCGAAGAAACUAGCUCUAAAUAUGUCAAUUCUUAAAAAUCUGAAUUGGAUUUAGACAAAGAUGUCUAUUAGUAGAUUGGGUAAAGUUUAAAAAAUGAAAAAAAAGAUCAAAAAUCAAAGAAAAAAAUUACUACUAUCGUUAUAAAUACUCAUUCACAAAAACAUAUUACUGGAGAUCUUGAAAAUAUUUAAGAAAUUAAUUCCCCAAUACACUAAGAGAGAUCAAGUAAAAAAUUAACGUAGUUUAUGCUAAACUAAACUUCUUCAAAGGAUAUAAUUUCUUUAAACUAAUAGAUAAACAAGGAUAAGAAGAUACCUUCUUUAAAUGCUCUCCCUGCUUAAGUCAUUUAAGCGAUACAAAAGCAGUAAACAGAAGCAAAUCUUUAAAUUUAAUUUGAUGUGUUUGAUGGACAUUUUGAAAAACUCUUUUAGUUUAAGAAUUAUUUUCCUAAUUUUAACUUUAAAGAAAUUAUUUAAUAGUUGAAUGGAUAAAUAUAUAAAAUAAAAAUGGGAAUAAGUGCGAAUUUGAUUAAAAAAGAUAAUAGAUUGCAUAAAAAAAGAAGAAAUGGAUAAAAUAUAUCAGUACUCAUGAUGAAUAAGCAUGCUCAAAAGAUAACAAACAAAUAACUUAAUUAUAUAAAUACAGAGACUUUAAUGAAAUUGUCUUAAACAAAAAUAAAAUUGUAAUUAAACCCAAACGAUUUAUAAUAGAGUGAGUAAAAUAAAGAUGAAAUAAGCCUAUCAAAUAGCAUAUAUAACUAUGAUAAAAUUAUUGAAGAUUAUUCAAAGAAAGGUUCUGCAAAUGUUUAAUAUUAGUUUGAUAUUGAACCACCAGAAGAAGAUGAAGAAAAAAAUAACUUCAAAAAAAUCCCUGCAGACUUAAAAGUAAAACGAUCUUAUUAGAAUGAUGAAAGCUAAGAAUUAAAUUUGCUUGAUAAAGGCUCCACUUACAAAUUUUAAUAAAUUAAAGGUUAGGGUAGCAGUCAUUCAACUGCAGUAUUAAAUGAUCAGUUUAAUUGA